AUGCCUGUUGCCCUGUGCCCUGAGGCUAUCGUGAAUUCUGAGUUUAAGCUUUGGGAUAAUACUCUCUUGGGGAACUUUGUUGGUAGAAGACCUCCCUUCUCAGUUGUUAAGGAAGCACUAUUAAAACAAUGGAGUUGCUCAGGUGGAACAGAAGUGCUGCUUCUUGAAUCUGGUUUCUUUGUGUUCAGAUUUUCUGCUGAAGAAGAUAAGCUUAGGGUGUUGGAACGUGGGCUGUGGAUUGUUGAGAGAAAACCAAUUAUUUUGAGACCAUGGUCCCCCUACUUGAACUUGGCCUGGUCUUCCCUCUCUUCCAUUCCUGCCUGGGUGAACUUGCCUGGUCUUCCCUUCCAUCUUUGGAUUGAGGAAGCCUUAACCAUUAUUGAGAGCAACAUUGGCAUCCCUCUCUUCACUGAUAGAUGGACCAAAACUAAGGAGAGACUGUCUUAUGCUCAGUUAUGUGUGGACAUCUCUGCUGAUAAGGAUCUCAUUGAUAUGGUCGAGAUCAUGGAAGAGAGGGGGAGCUGCUACCCUCAAUCAGUGAUACAUGACCGGAGAACAAUUAGAUGUUACCACUGCAAACUAUUUGGCCAUUCCAAGGACAAGUGUGCUAUGCAGGUCAAGGAUUUGAAUGCAGCUCCUAAUGGUGGCCCUAGUCCUGUGAAGAACUCAUCUACUGAUGACGGUUUCCAUAUGCAUUUAUCGAGAAGAAGGCAAAGAGCUCCCAAGGACUAUGUUCCUAGAAGACCUCAGGAUAUCUUUCCAGAGCCGGAGAAGGUGAGGUGCAGUGAUGAUGGAGGAUGCAGCGGGAAAGAGGAUAACAUGGGUCAGGGAAACCGCUUUGCCUCCUGA